GAAAAACAUUAUGGCUACGAAGAAGGGCCGAAACUUGCCCAGUUUGGAAUUCUAAAAACAGCGCAUUUUAGGUUGAGAAUAGUGGCGAGGAAACGAUGUUUAAUUGGUGGUCCUCUUUGGCACCUCAAGUAAGUCAGAGUAGUGAAAACGUUGGUGAAAAACCCGCUGAAGGGGAGCAAAAUACUGUCGAGGGCUGCAGUGGCGAUGGAGGGACGGGCAAAACCGACUCGCAACAAAAGGAAAGAUCGCAAGAUAGCAAGGCGUCCGAACUGGAUUAUGCAAAGGACAUGGCCAAGAAUGUAGGAAAUUUUCUUUUCAGCUUUGCUAGCGUUGCAACAAGUACUGCAUAUAAAAUGAAGGACUCUGUGAAGGAAACAGUUGAAAAGCAGCCAAUAAUUGGAGAUUUUAACAAGAAACAAGAUGAAUUUGUAAAGGAGAAACACAAAAGAAAAGAGGCUGCAAUACCACCAUGGGUAGGAUACAAUGAGGAAGAAACUAUGAAAAAUCAAAUAUUGGCUCUUUCAACGGAUGAAAGAAACUUUUUACGAGAUCCUCCAUCUGGUGUUCCGUUCCAUUUUGAAAGUGAAUCAAUGUACCCUGUUGCUUUGGCAACCCUUCAGGAAGACAAGAAUCUUAGUAAAAUGAGAUUCCAACUUGUACCUAAGAAAAUUUCAGAAGAGAGAUUUUGGAGGAAUUACUUUUACAGAGUAUCACUAAUUAAACAAUCGACGCAGCUAACAUCACUUGCUGCUGCAGGUGGCAGUGGUUCUAAUGGCAGUGAUAGACAAUCAACCACAUCAGAAACAAAGUCAGAUACUGAAUCAAGUCAAGGUGGGGCAAUCAGUAUACCCAGACAGAAUACAGAAAAACAAGAAACCCCUGAAGAGGAUUUCUCUGAACCUAACGCAGAUGAACACUCUGUUCAUAAUGAAUUCAUCAGUGACUCAUUUGCACAUACAGAACAAGAACUCAGUCAUGAUGACCUUAGACAAAUUGGAAUGGAAAAGAAGCAAGAUGGGGAUCCAAGCCAUCAGUCUAAACCAACAGAAGAAGUAAAACAGUCUGCAGUAUCUGAAACUCCAGAUGACAUUCCUGAAUGGGAAAAGGAGCUUCAAGCAGAGUUACAGGUAAGUUUUGCAUGGCACAUGGUAAUAUUUGAUGGUCCACUUUCUUACCACAUUACAGUACUUNUUUUCUGGAAUUAUGAUACUAAAAUGUAG